AUGCUCCUACUCCUUCCCCUCCUCGUCCCAAUCUCCUUCGGAUGGCCAAUCGAAACCCCCAAGGAUCCAUAUGAUCAUUUUCAAUUCGACCUAACCUUUAUCUGUCGGAACCGGGAUCGUGCCGAGUAUAACUUGGUGAUUGAGUGGUGGGAAUGGGAUUUGUUAACUUGGAACCCAUUAGUUAAUUGGGGAGAUGAAAAAGUCACAAAAACCAAGUUCGUACGAGCUCGUGCUGGUACGUAUAGUUUUUCAAUGGACGGUGCGAUGGAUGGAGACGAACCGUGGUCCCGUGGAUACGCCGUUUAUGCAGAGAUCACUCAUGAUUGUGAGCAACACGGAAGAACUACCAAUCUCGAGCUGAAAAUCAAUAAUCGAUGCACUGUUGAGCAAAAGUUAUGCCACUACCGUAUCAUUUAUGAUAUCACUGACAAAUCUGGUUCCGAAUGGAUUAAUGCUAACGGACUCCGAGAAGGCCCAUAUAUACCAUUUCCAGAUUUCAAGCCGGAUCUCAUCAAAUAG